AUGGAUUCUUCGCAGCAUAUUGGGGCUGAAUCCUCAUUCCAGGACCCAGAUGAGUAAUUAAAAACUUUGUUCCCAAGAAACCUUUUUAGUCAAUUGAUUUCGCAGGCUAUUCUGGAGGCGCGAUACACAGGUUCCGAACACAAAACACUUAGGAAAGAAAAUGAAGUAGGACGCUCUACUAAAAACUUAAAGUUUCUAGGCCAUUGCGUCCCUACGUAGGGAGAAUUUUCGACUUCGGCUUUUAUGUUACAAUUACGAGCAAACAUAUCAGAAGAUCCGAGGGGAUCCACAGAGUCUUGCAUCAGUAUGUUUUUCCUGUUUUUUUUUUACCUUGCCUAGAGAAUAUUUGAGCUUGAAACUGAAAACGCCCAGGUACGCGAGGACAUUCGUGAAAGGGCCGGCCUUUUAAACUCGGCUUCGUAUGUUUACUUAUUAUGUAUAAUCGUUUUAGUAAGUUGAUCUCCUCUCUCAAAAGUGAAAGUGAACGACUGCGAUCGGACAACGCCUCUCUUUUGUCAAAGUUGGAGAAUGUAGAAAAGGGUAGGUUCUGCAAGUGUUCUUAUCGUCUAAAGACUGGAGAUUGAAGUAUGAUUCAAUUGUGGAUGAGCUUGAGGAAUGCAAAGCUGCACGGCGACAAACUGAAAACAGGCUUGCCAUAUACGAGAAUGAAGUUGUUCAACGCGAAAACUGUCACAAAGCGUAA